CACCACCGCCAAGAUGCUGCUGUUGCUGCUGGGGAUCAUCGUGCUCCAUGUCACCGUGCUGGUGCUCCUGUUCGUCUCCACCAUCGUUAGUCAAUGGCUGGUGAACGGUGAGCACACAGCAGACCUCUGGCAGAACUGCACCUCUGGAUCUGUCUUCCACUGCCUGGCAUCAUCCACCAAUGAAUGGCUGCAGUCUGUCCAAGCAAUGAUGAUCCUCUCCAUCAUCUUCAGCGUGUUGUCCCUGUUCCUGUUCUUCUGCCAGCUGUUCACACUCACCAAGGGCGGGAGGUUCUACGUCACUGGAGUCUUCCAGAUCCUUGCUGGGCUCUGCGUGAUGAGCGGCGCUGCCAUCUUCACAGUGAGGCACACGGACUGGCACCAAGCCUCAGAACACACCUCCUACGGCUUCGCCUACAUCCUGGCAUGGUUGGCCCCCCUGGCCCUGGCCAGCGGCAUCAUCUACGUCAUCCUACGGAAACGCGAGUGAUGCUGCAUGAGGUGACCUGACCUGCCCAGGCCACUCCUGACAUCCACGGAGGAGACAGAGGCAAAGAGACGAGAAAACGGAAAUUAACCAAAAAA